AUGGAGCUGGGCCUCGCAGGCCGCCGGGCGCUCGUCACCGGGGCGGGCAAAGGCAUCGGGCGCAGCGUGGUCCGCGCGCUGCACGCGGCGGGCGUGCACGUUGUAGCCCUAAGCCGCACCCGGGCCGACCUGGACAGCCUGGUCCGCGAGUGUCCCGGGGUCGAGCCCCUGUGCGUGGACCUGGCUGACUGGGAGGCUACGGAGCGGGCGCUGAGUGGCAUCGGCCCCGUGGACCUGCUAGUGAACAACGCCGCCGUGGCCCUGCUACAGCCCUUUCUGGAGGUCACCAAGGAGGCCUUUGACAAGUCCUUUGAGGUGAACCUGCGCUCUGUCGUCCAGGUGUCCCAGAUUGUGGCCCAGAGCCUCAUCAACCGGGGGAUCCCUGGUUCCAUUGUGAAUGUCUCCAGCCAGGCCUCCCAGCGUGCCCUGACCAACCACAGUGUCUAUUGCUCCACUAAGGGCGCCAUGGACAUGCUGACCAAGGUGAUGGCCCUGGAGCUGGGGCCACACAAGAUCCGAGUCAAUGCAGUGAACCCCACAGUGGUGAUGACACCCAUGGGUCGGGCCAACUGGAGUGACCCCCAGAAGGCCAAGUCCAUGCUAGACCGCAUCCCACUCGGCCAGUUUGCUGAGAUAGAGCAUGUGGUGGACAGCAUCCUUUUCCUCCUGAGUGACCGCAGUGGCAUGACCACCGGCUCCACCCUCCCUGUGGAUGGGGGCUUCCUGGUUACCUGA